AUGGAUUCUGUUUUUUAUAGUUUCCCUUUCCAUUGCAAUUCUGGAUAUCCAUUCCAGAUCCGUUCACGCCUAAGUAUUCUCUGACGAAGUCACGAAGAAGAUCAGCCGCUCUCUUGAUUACCAGUGAUUGCAAUUUCUUGGUCCUAGAAGACCUUGAUUCCCCCAUGAGAGACGUGUAUCAGUGGAGAUCAUCUGGGUUUAGGAGAACAAGGUAUAAUAGCAGUGCUGAGUCCAUUGAGAAUCUUUUUCCACAACAGGUCUCAUAUGUGUUUAACUUCGCAAGGGAACACCAGGACAAUGUGUUGGAGCACGAUGAUCAUUCUGUUGAUGCAGAUGGUGGCUCCAGAUCAUUGCAAUGUACAAGCUCUAGCCCAACUCCCAGUGGAUCUAGGAGGUUGAGGAGGGUGCUCUCUGAUACUGAAAGUGAUGGAAUUGGACCUGGCAUUGCCGAGAGCGAAUCAAAUAUGAGAUUUGGUGGCCACUACAGGGUCGUGGAUGGCGAAAAUGAAAGUAUUUCCUAUGGAUGGAGCUCUAAUGCUUCUGAUGACGGCAGUAGCUUACUUGGCAUUGAAAAUUCUGCAUAUGAAGGAAGUGAUGUCCAAACUGAUACAGACAUUGACCCCAUGCAUGCCGGUAUGUAUCAUUGGAACUCAGAUGAUCAAGAAGAGGAUGCCAGCGGAUGGGAAGAGGCUGGCAGUGAGGAAACCAUAUUUGGUGGUAGAUCUCGGCAAAGGUCAUUGAGUUUGACUGAGAGCACUUGGAGCAGACUAAACAACAUUCUCUCUGCAGAAUCUGAGGAUGUUGUGGAUGGGCAUGAGUUGGACGAAUUGGUCGACCAUCUCUUUGACGCCGAUGGUUUAAGAAGGGGAGCACCACCUGCGGCAGCAUCCGCUUUAAACAGCCUGCCACGCGUGGUUAUCAGGAAUCAUGAGCAGCUUGAUGGCAUGGUUUGUGCAAUAUGCAAGGACUCACUGUUUGUGGAGACUAUUAUGAACCAACUGCCUUGUUCUCAUCUCUAUCACCCUUCUUGUAUCAUUCCAUGGCUAAGCUCCAGGAACACCUGUCCCCUCUGCAGAUAUGAGCUUCCAACUGACGAUCAAGAAUACGAGGACAAGAAACAUAGGAACCGUGAAAUUCAGCAGAGUGACAUGAAUGGCGAUGGUUCCUCAGAUGUGGUUAAUGCUGCUUCUGAAGCAAUCAGUACGGGUGGUUCUCGCUCGGGAGGACCUCAGGGGAGAUGGUAUUCUAUAGCUGCUGCUGCUGCGGCACCUGUUAUAAGUGUUGUCGGCAUUGCCCUUUUGUUGUGGUUGGGCAACCCAUUGACAGAGCCCAGGAGGAAGUCAAGUGUCCUUAAAGUAUUUUCUUCUCACAGACAGCCUUCAAAUCACCGUGGCAGGAGAAGGUGGAAUCUGCUCUAACACCUUCAAUUCAAUCGCCUGAUUUUUUACUCUGAAAUUGAACCCGGAAGCUGGCCUCCAUUUUCAGCUUGAAUUGUUGCCCCUU